AUGAGCGCCACGCACGCCGCGAACGGCGACGCCGCCGCCGCAGUCGCCGUCGGCAAAAAACGCCAACGGAGGAGCAUCAACCUCGGGGUGAAGCUGGAGGUCGUGAAGCGAUUCGAGGCGGGGCAGAAGGUGGCCGCCAUCGCCCAGGCGCUGGGCCUGCCCGCCAGCUCGGCGCGAUCCAUCUGCGUGAACGCCGGCAAGAUCCUGGAGUCGGCGCAGAACGCGGCGCCGCUGACCGCCACCAAGAUCUUCCGGAGCCGCUCGGCCGUCCUGGAGAACAUGGAGAGGCUCCUCGGGGUGUGGAUCGAGGACCAGAGUCAGCGGGGCGCGGCGCUGAGCGCCCCCGCCGUGCAGGAGAAAGCGAGGAGCCUCUUCGAGGACCUCCGGCAGAUGAGCGGCGAGGGCGGCGAGACGUUCGGCGCGAGCCGCGGGUGGUUCGAGCGCUUCAAGAAACGCAGCGGCCUGGGCAGCCUGAACCCGCCGUGCGAGGCCGCGGGCGUCGAUGGCGAGGCCGCGUCGGCGUCGGCGUCGUCGUCUGCCGGGUCCGCCGCCGGCUACCCCGACGUCCUGAGGGGCGUCAUCGAAGAGGGGGGCUACGUGCCGGGCCAGGUGUUCAACGUGGACGAGACGGAGCUCUACUGGAAGCGGAUGCCGGCGAGGACGUCCAUCGCCGCCGAGGAGAAGACCGCCCCGGGCUUCAAGGCGGCCAAGGACCGCCUCACCCUCCUGCUGGCCGCCAACGCGUCGGGCGACCUCAAGCUCAAGCCCCUCCUCGUCUACCACUCGGAGACGCCGAGGGCCAUCAAGGGCUGCCCCAAGGAGCACCUCCCCGUCGUCUGGCGCUCCAACAAGAGGGCCUGGGUGACCGAGACGGUCUUUCGCGAGUGGUUCGCGUCGCACUUCUGCCCGGCCGUCGAGGAUUACUGCGGCCGCAGGGGCCUGCCGAACCGGGCCCUGCUCCUGCUGGACAGCGCCCCGGCCCACCCGGUCAACCUGGAGGAGCUGUCGGAGAACGUCCGCGUCGCCUUCCUGCCGCCCAGCACCACGGCGCUGCUGCAGCCCAUGGACCAGGGCGUCGUCGCCGCCUUCAAGGCCUACUACCUGCGGCGAACCUUCGCCCGCCUCGCGGGGGACACGGCCGGCGGGCGGCGCUCGGCGAGGGACUUCUGGCGCGGCUACAACAUCAGGGCGGCCGUCGACAACAUCGCCGACGCGUGGCGGGAGGUGCGGCCGUCGGACGUGAACGCCGCGUGGCGCAAGAUCUGGCCCCGGUGCGUCGUCGCACGCCCGGCGGGCUCGGGCCUUGCGGAGGAGGCGACGGAGGAGGUCCUGCGGGACAUCGUGGGCCUGGCGAGGUCGGCCGGCCUGGACAACGUCGAGGAGUCGGACGUGGCCGAGCUGCUGGAUUCGCACGGCGGCGAGCUGUCCAACGACGACCUGGUGGAGCUGCUGCAGCAACGUUCGGGCGAGGGGGGCGACGAGGGGGGGGCGGGAGGCGCGGAGGGGCAGCCCAGGCGGACGCUGAGCACGGCGCGUCUGUCGGAGGCGUUCGUUCACCUGGAGGCGGCGAUGGACAUCUUCAGGGAGGACGACCCCAACAGGGAGCGCAGCUUCAAGGUGAACCGGACGCUCGCCGGCGCCGUUCACUGCUACAAGGAGCUGUACAAGCAGAAGAAGAAAUACGCGGCGAGACGGGCGUUGGCCAGGCUCGUUAAAAGCCCUCCAGGCAGUAACGCGGGAGGCGAGGAGAGCCAGCUACCUCCGCUUGCUACUCCUCCGCUUGCUCCUCCGCCUGUCAUCAAACAAGAGCGGAGUCCAGGCCCUGGGGCAAGUCCUCAGCUGGCGGUGAAAUGCGAAGACGUCUCGGUCGCCGAAGCAACCGCUCCGGAUCUGAGGAUCGUGAAGGUGGAAAGAGCCAGCAGCGAGGGCGCAGAGGAGACGGGGGAAGAAUCUCACCGCGGCUGCCUGGCCACCGCAGACCAGAACUUCAUCGAGGUGGAGUUGUCAUUCAGUGACGACGAAGUGACGGAGCGGCCCACGGGAUCCGCGGGCGGCGACGCCGUCACCGGGACGAGGCCCGGCAAGGCGAGGCCAGGCCGGGGGCGCCGUGCCAGGCCCACGCGGCGAGGAUGCAGCCAGUGCCGGAAGACGCCGCUGGCAAUAGCGGGCGACACCGGCGAUGAUCACGCCGGCGAAGACGAUGAUGACGACGAUGACGAUGAGGACAGCGAUGACGGGCUACGUCGGAAGAAGAGGAGGAGGAGGAGUAGGAGGAGGAAGAAGACGCAAGCCGGAGAGAAGGGAGAGUCGCCGUCGAAGGGAUCGGCGCGGGACGAUUGCUCGGGAGUUUGAGAGUGGAGCGGAGUUUGUGUGAUCUCCCCCUGUUGUACAGAGUGAGUGAGUGGAGUUUGUGUGAUCUCUCCCUGUUGUAUUGAAUGAGUGGAGUUUGUGUGAUCUCCCCCUGUUCUACAGAGUGAGUGAGUGGAGUUUGUAUGAUCUCUCCCUGUUGUAUUGAAUGAGUGGAGUUUGUGUGAUCUCCCCCUGUUCUACAGAGUGAGUGAGUGGAGUUUGUAUGAUCUACAGAGUGAGUGGAGUUUGUAUGAUCUACAGAGUGAGUGGAGUUUGUAUGAUCUCCCCCUGUUGUACAGAGUGAGUGAGUGGAGUUUGUGUGAUCUCUCCCUGUUGUAUUGAAUGAGUGGAGUUUGUGUGAUCUCCCCCUGUUCUACAGAGUGAGUGAGUGGAGUUUGUAUGAUCUACAGAGUGAGUGGAGUUUGUAUGAUCUACAGAGUGAGUGGAGUUUGUAUGAUCUCCCCCUGUUCUACAGAGUGAGUGAGUGGAGUUUGUGUGAUCUCCGCUUGUUCUACAGAGUGUGAGUGAGUGGAGUUUGUAUGAUCUCCCCUUGUUCUACAGAGUGAGUGAGUGGAGUUUGUGUGAUCUCCCCCUGUUCUACAGAGUGAGUGUAGUUUGUGUGAUCUCCCCCUGUCCUACAGAGUGAGUGAGUGGAGUUUGUGUGAUCUCCCCCUGUUCUACAGAGUGAGUGAGUGGAGUUUGUGUGAUCUCCCCCUGUUCUACAGGGUGAGUGAGUGGAGUUUGUGUGAUCUCCCCCUGUUCUACAGAGUGAGUGAGUGGAGUUUGUGUGAUCUCCCCCUGUUCUACAGGGUGAGUGAGUGUAGUUUGUGUGAUCUCCCCCUGUUCUACAGAGUGAGUGAGUGGAGUUUGUAUGAUCUCCUCCUGUUGUACAGAGUGAGAGUGAGUGGAGUUUGUGUGAUCUCCCCCUGUUCUACAAAGUGAGUGAGUGGAGUUUGUGUUAUCUACCCCUGUUCUACAGAGUGAGUGAGUGGAGUUUGUAUGAUCUACAGAGUGAGUGAGUGGAGUUUGUAUGAUCUCUCCCUGUUCUACAGAGUGAGUGGAGUUUGUGUGAUCUCCCCUGUUAUACAGAGUGAGUGAGUGGAGUUUGUGUGAUCUACCCCUGUUGUACAGAGUGAGUGGAGUUUGUGUGAUCUCCCCCUGUUAUACAGAGUGAGUGAGUGGAGUUUGUGUGAUCUACCCCUGUUGUACAGAGUGAGUGGAGUUUGUGUGAUCUCCCCCUGUUCUACAGAGUGAGUGAGUGGAGUUUGUGUGAUCUCCCUCUGUUCUACAGAGUGAGUGUAGUUUGUGUGAUCUCCCCCUGUCCUACAGAGUGAGUGAGUGGAGUUUGUGUGAUCUCCCCCUGUUCUACAGAGUGAGUGGAGUUUGUGUGAUCUCCCCCUGUUCUACAGAGUGAGUGGAGUUUGUGUGAUCUCCCCCUGUUCUACAGAGUGAGUGAGUGGAGUUUGUAUGAUCUCUCCCUGUUCUAGAGUGAGUGGAGUUUCUAAUAAUGACUUUUUUAAUAGAGCGUCAAUCAUGCAAAUCUCCCAACGCUGCACAAGACAGAAAUAAAAAAUAAACGAGAGAAAACUUG